AUGGACGUGUUCCUCAUGAUCCGGCGCCACAAGACCACCAUCUUCACGGUCGCCAAGGAGUCGAGCACCGUGUUCGAGCUGAAGCGCAUCGUGGAGGGCAUCCUCCAGCGGCCACCAGACAAGCUGCGUCUCUACAAGGACGACCAGCUUCUAGACGACGAGAAAACGCUGAGGGAGUGUGGCUUCACCAGUCAGACGGCGCGGCCGCAUGUCCCGGCCACCGUGGGCCUAGCCUUCCUGGAAGAUGAAACGGUUGAGGCCCUGCACAUCGAGCCCUUCUCCAGCCCACCGGAGCUUCCAGAUGUGAUGAAGCCAAAGGACUCCGGAGGCAGCGCCAGCGGCCAGGCUGCGCCCUGA